AUGACGGCCAUCCAGGAUGCACCCACCAAGGUGAUUUCACCCUCAAAACUGUCUCAUGUCGUCUUCCGCACUCGACCUGAAAAUGCCGCCAAGAUGGCUGAAUUCUGGGAGUUCUUCGUCGGAGGCAAGAAGGUAUUCCAGAACGAUCUUCUGACUCUAAUUGCCUAUGACGAUGAACACCAUCGGAUUGCUAUCGUCCCUAUCCCGGUGCAUGUCUCGUUCACGUUCAACACCCUCCAAGAGCUUCUACUUUCCUACCGUCAGCGGAAAGCGGCCGGGGUCACUCCGGUAUGGUGUGUUCAUCACGGUCCGACGAUCAGCAUGUACUACAGGGACCCAGAUGGAAACUACAUCGAAGUUCAGGUGGAUGUUUUCGAGACUGGGGAGGAAGCAGUCGCGUAUAUGAGCGGGGAGGAAUAUCAGGCAAACCCGCUGGGAGUCGACUACGAUCCCGAGGAAAUCAUUGCUGCGUUGGAGAAAGGCGAGGAUCCGAAGAAAUUCCUUCUCGGCGGUGGUGAUGUCUAUGCAAGAGCUUACCAGGCGAGUAGUCACUUCCUCGAUGUCCUUGAUCAGGUCUUUCGCUUGUUGUUCCAGACCAAACUUGGAGGUGGAGUUAAGGGUAAUUGA